AUGGUGAGCGCGGCCUGUGCCGGUGCAGCGGGCCCGGUCCCUCCUGCGCGGGGUGCCGCCGCUCCGCAGCCCGCCAGCGUCCCCGCACCCCCCAGCCGUGCCCCCAGCCAGCCCCGCAGCCGGUACAGGAGGAGGGCCCGGAGCACCGCGGUGGAUGAGAUGCUGUUCGGGGACAGCCGGAGCCUGCAGCAGUCACGCUCUGGCAGCCCCAUCGUGAUCCUUCGGGAUGUGCAGACUGCCCCAAAAGCGUCGUUCGCUGAUGGGCACAAGCCUGAGACCAUCCGGCUCAUCACCAAGGACUUAAUCCGUGACCUCGUCGUCCCUGCGGAGAACCGAGCAGCAUCCCUCAUUAUUGGUCAGGAGGAUUUCCAGCGCAUUAAAGACGCAGCUCGAGUCCUGACCAAGGAGGAGCGUGAGGCCAAGCUGGCAGCCCUCAAAGCGGAGAAGAAAGCCGUUCUCGAGGCAGUGAGCGAGCGCAAGAGUGUGGCGAAGCAAAGGGCUGUCCUGCAGCAGCAGACGGGGAAGCUGAGUGAGCUGGAGGAGGAGGCACGGGAGCGGGCCCAGUACCUGCUGCAGCGGGCAAGCAGGAUGCGCAUGGAGCAGGAAGACGAGAUCAAGGAGUUCAGUGAGCUGAUCCUUGGUGCCAAGUGCCACAUGAUCCGCGACAUGCAGAUCCUUGAGAAGCAGCUCAUCGCAAAAGAGCUGGAGGAAGAAGAGAAGCGCCUAGCCACGAUGAUGGAGGUGGAGAGGAAAAAGGCCAACGAGAUGCAGGAGGAGCUGGAGCGCAGGAGGAAGCAGGAGCUGAUCAGAGGGAGGCAGGAGCUUGUGAAGCAGAUGGAGCAGAACGCAGAGGAGCGGGCUCUGAGAGCUGAGCAACGAGACCAGGAGGCACAGGAGCUGCUGGAGUACCUAGAGCAGCUGAAGAUGGAGGACCUGAAGGCCUUGGAGCGGAGACGGGAGGAACAGAAGAAAAUCCAGGCUGAGAUUAAACGCAUCAACGAUGAGAACCAGAGGCGCAAGGAGGAGCAGUGGGAGCAGGAGAGGAUGGCAGACGAACAGGUGCUCGAGUACCAGAGGCAGAAAAUGGAACGUGAGGCUGAAUUUGAAGCUGAGCAGGAGAGAAUCCGUCAGGAAAAGGAGAAGGAGACAGCACGCUUGAGGGCCAUGCAAGAGAGGGCCCAGGACCACCAGGCAGAGCAGGACGCGCUGAGGGCUAAGCGCAGCCAAGAGGCUGCUGAGCGAGAGUGGCGGCGCAAGGAGAAGGAGGCGGCACGGAAGAAGGCCGAGAUGGAGCAGAUGCUGAAGCGCAGCCGCCUGGAGCAGAUCGCCCAGCGGGAGCACAGCAUGGCUGUGCAGGUGCAGCAGGACCGCCACGAGUUCGAGAGGAUCCUCAGGGCCCAGCGGGAGCAGAUGGAGAAGGAGAAGGCAGAGGAGGUGCGGAGGGCAGGUCUGCAGCUCACCCAUGCUAACGAUGUCCGGCGCCAGAUGCGGGAGCGUCAGCAGCAGCUGGUGCAGGAGCGGGUGGCCUCCUUCGAGGAGUGCCAGCGACUGGAGGAGGAGGCCCGCCAGCGCAGCCAGCGCAUUGCCCAGCUCAAGCAGCAGAAGAUGCAGGAGCUUAGAGCCUCCGGCAUCCCUGAGAAGUACUGCGCCCAGGUGGAGCGGAGGGCCCUGAGCCGAGCAAGCGCAGCCCCUGGCCAGGCUCAGCCCCAUGAGGAGUGGAGCUCCGGUUCCCCAGCGACUUAG